AUGACAAUUGCUGUUGCAGCUGUAAUUACGGGUGAUAAAUCAUCAUUCUACCAUUGUUCCUUCUUAGGACUGCAAGAUACUUUAAGUGAUGCCCACGGAAGACAUUAUUUCAAGUCGUGCAACAUUGUAGGAGUCCUCGAUUUCAUCUAUGGUGCCGGUCAAUCCAUUUAUGAGGGAUGUACCAUAUCAGUGAUCAAUGGAGGAAGAGACAAAAGACUAGCAGGAUAUAUUACAGCUCAAGGACGAGAGAGACCAAAUGACCCAAAUGGGUUUGUUUUCAAGGAAUGCAAGAUUGUGGGACCAAGACUAGCCCAUUUGGGAAGAGCUUGGAGAGAGUAUGCAAGAGUCAUUUACUUCAACUCCUCUUUUGAAGCCUCUAUUGUUCCUCGAGGAUGGGAUGCUUGGACUGCCACUGGUCAUGAGUAA